CCAGUCCGGCCGGGUUGGCGGACGCAAUGAGCUGCUUCGAGGGGCAGAUGGCCGAGUAUCCAACCAUCUCUAUAGACCGCUUCGACCGGGAGAACCUGAGGGCCCGCGCCUACUUCCUGUCCCACUGCCACAAAGAUCACAUGAAAGGAUUAAGAGCCCCUACCUUGAAAAGAAGGUUGGAGUGCAGCUUGAAGGUGUACUUAUACUGUUCGCCUGUUACUAAAGAGCUGUUGUUAACAAGCCCAAGGUACAGAUUUUGGGAGAAACGAAUUAUAUCCAUUGAAAUUGAAACUCCUACCCAGAUAUCUUUAGUGGAUGAAGCAUCAGGCGAGAAGGAAGAGAUUGUUGUGACUCUCUUACCAGCUGGUCAUUGCCCAGGAUCAGUUAUGUUUUUAUUUCAGGGCAACAAUGGGACCGUCUUGUACACGGGAGACUUCAGAUUGGCAAAAGGAGAAGCUGCCAGAAUGGAGCUUCUGCACUCUGGGGGCAGAGUGAAAGACAUCCAGAGUGUGUACUUAGACACGACUUUCUGCGAUCCGAAAUAUUACCAAAUUCCUAGUCGGGAGGAGUGUCUGCAUGGGAUCCUGGAGCUGGUUCGCAGCUGGAUCACGCGGAGUCCAUACCAUGUAGUGUGGCUGAGCUGCAAGGCCGCCUAUGGGUACGAGUAUCUCUUCACCAACCUCAGCGAGGAGUUCGGAGUCCAGGUUCAUGUGGAUAAAUUAGACAUGUUUCGAAACAUGCCUGACAUUCUUCAUCAUCUCACAACAGACCGUGACACUCAGAUCCAUGCGUGUCGGCAUCCAAAGGCAGAGGAAUAUUUUCAGUGGAAUAAAUUACCCUGUGGCGUUACCUCCAAAAAUAGAAUUCCACUCCACGCAAUCAGCAUUAAGCCAUCCACUAUGUGGUUUGGAGAAAGAGCCAGAAAAACCAGCGUCAUUGUGAGGACUGGAGAGAGUUCGUACAGAGCCUGCUUUUCUUUUCACUCCUCCUACAGUGAGAUUAAAGAUUUCUUGAGCUACAUCUAUCCUGUGAAUGUAUAUCCAAAUGUCAUUCCGUUAGGCACAACUAUGGGUAAAGUUCGAGAAAUCUUAAAGCCUUUAUGCCGAUCUUCCCAAAGUACUGAGCCAAAGUAUAAACCACUUGGAAAAUUGAAGAGAGCAAGAACAAUCCACCUAGACUCAGAGGAGGACGAUGACAGUGACCUCUUUGAUGAUCCUCUGCCAGUACCUUUAAGGCACAAGAUUCCAAACCAGCAAACUCUUCACCCUGAGGCAUUUCCCACAACUGCGAUAUCACAAAACCAGCCUGAAAAACAGAGAGAAAGCACAGGAUGCUUCAGAGCAGAGAGUAUGCCAACUUUUCUUUGGGCAGACUUUAUAGAUUGUGAGGAAUCCAACAGUGAAAGUGAAGAAUCAGAAACCCCAGCUUCAGCUCAAGGAGACAUGGGUCCUGUCCCACAGCUCCAGAAGAAGGCUGACGGGGAAGCACCACAGUGGGAAGUGUUCUUUAAAAGAAGUGCUGACCUCACUGAUGACUGUUUGGAAAACCUCCCGUCCUCCACAGAGGCAGGGGGCUCUCAGUCUCCGAAGCUUUUCAGUGACUCCUCUGAUGGGGAGUCAACUCACAUCUCUUCCCAGACGUCUUCCCAGUCAACACACAUAUCAGAACAAGGAAGUCAAGGCUGGGACAGCCAGUCUGACACUGUUCUGUUAUCUUCCCAAGAGAGAAACGGGGGUAUGACCUCCUCGAGCAGACGCGUCUACAGGCCAGGAAUCAAAGACAAUACUCUUGCCCCUCAGGUGGAACAGAAUGUACUUUGCCCAAAGGACACAUACUCUGAUUUGAAAAGCAGAGAUCGAGAUGUAAGUAUAGGUUCUAGUGUUGGAGAAACAACUACUCUAAGCAGUGGGAAGCACAUGCCUCAGGGGAAAAGGCCACUAAAUCUUAGCAGCAGCGCAGAUUCACAAAGCUCCUCUGAUUUUGAAAUUCCCGCCACUCCAGAAGCCGAGCUACCUACACAAGAGCAUUUACAAUAUUUCUAUGAGAAGUUGGCAACAGGGGAGAGGAUAGUAGUUGAAAAAAGAAAAAGCUCACUUCAUUCUAGAGCAACCACUAAAAAACCUAUACCAAGAGAUAAAAGUCAAAAUCCUAAUAGAUAAAUUAAAAUGGAAUACUUAAAAAUGUUCCUAUAACCUAAAAGGUGGCAGUAAAGGGGAAAUGGAGGACC